UAUUGGGAUUAGGUAUACUCGCUAGUCGCAAUUUAUUUCAUUCAUUUUUUUCCGCUCCUAUUCCAAGUCUGCAGCUGAAGUAGCAAGUUAGUGCGCGCGCUUGCCAGUUAAAGGUUUAGGGUAUUGGCAAUCUCAAUUCUGAAUUGAGCUGAGCAGACAUGGUUAGAAAACAUGGCUGGCAAUUACCUGCUCACACUUUUCAGGUUAUUGCAAUUACUGUAUUCUGCUUGUUGGUGAUUGCUUUCUAUGCUUUUCUUGCUCCCUUCAUCGGAGGUCAUUUAUGGGAAUACAUCUUCAUUGGUGUUUACUCUCCUGUGGCACUCACUGUGUUCAUUCUUUAUGUCAGAUGCACUGCAAUUAACCCUGCAGAUCCAGGCAUUAUGUCUAAGUUUGAUCCUAGAGGGGGAAAUAGGUUCAAUUCGGCUCAUGAUUUAUCAGGGAAGCAUCAUGUUUCCGAACAUGAUCACAUUGCUGCCAGAGAGCAAUAUUCUCCGUCAUCUGCGGCCUCCAAAAGGUCUAUGACAAAUAUGAGCAAGAAAAGUUCUGUGGAAGAUCUUGAAAGGGUAGAUAAUUCAAGGGAACAAAAUAACCGAAACUCAUGUAAUGCAAUUGGAGGAAUUUGCUGCAUAUUAUUUUCACAUGAAGAUUGCCAGAAACAGGAAGUUACAGCUGAUGAGCAGGCUGGUGGUGAAGAUGCUCUGUUCUGCACUUUGUGCAAUGCUGAGGUGCGCAAGUUCAGCAAACAUUGUAGAAGUUGUGAUAAAUGUGUUGAUGGCUUUGAUCACCAUUGUCGGUGGCUUAACAAUUGUGUGGGUCACAAAAAUUACAGCUCUUUUAUUGCUCUCAUGGCUUUUAGUCUUGCAUGGCUAGUUAUUGAAGCUGGAGUGGGUGUUGCUGUUUUCGUGCGUUUCUUUGUAAACAAGAGAGGAAUGGAAUCUGAAAUCAUUGAUAGACUUGGAAAUGGAUUCUCUCGUCCCCCAUUUGCAACUGUUGUGGCUGUAUGUACUGCAGUUUCUAUCUUGGCUUGUGUGCCUUUGGGUGAGCUUUUCUUUUUCCACAUGAUACUAAUCAGGAAGGGCAUCACAACCUAUGAAUAUGUUGUAGCAAUGAGAGCCAUGAGUGAAGCACCUGCAGGGGCAUCUGUGGAUGAGGAUUUGCCAAAUGUACUUUACUCUCCGACAGGCUCAGCCACAACUGGAUUGAGCGGAGGAAGUUCUCUUGGUUUGCAGUAUAAAGGGGCUUGGUGUACCCCUCCCAGGGUAUUUGUGGAUUAUCAGGAUGAAGUUGUGCCUCACUUAGAGCCUGGAAUGCUACCGUCAACUGUUGAUCCAGAUGCAGCUGGGAUUGCAGAAAGAGGGCAAAAGUUGCCAAAAAGACCUGUUCGUAUCAGUGCUUGGAAGCUUGCUAAGUUGGAUUCACAAGAGGCAGUGAGAGCAGCUGCAAAAGCCAGGGCAUCUUCUUCAGUUUUGCGACCUGUAGAUAACCACCGUUUACCGGAAGCAGAAUUGAGCUCUAGUGGCAACAUGAGCAUCAGAAGUAGUUUGAGCACAGAGACUGGAACUAACAAGGAAAUAAAACAUGAGUUGAGAUUGUCUCCGGUGAGAAAUUCUAUUGCUCCUAGUCAAGGAAGUCGUGAUGAAUACGAGACUGGAACCCAAAGUAUGAGUAGUUUCAGUAGUCCUAGCCAUGUUCAAGAGGCAGUAACACUCAGCCCUCUUCCACAGGGUCGCAGUUUGGGUGGCUUCAGGGCAGGUACCUCAAUUCCUAGUUUGGUGCCUGAGCGUCCUUUAACUUCUAUAGCAACUUUGUCAAACUUCAGGAACCCAACAUCUAAUCCUUCUCUUGGAUUUGAUGGGAGAACAACAAUGCCAACAGUGCCAAAAGGAAUUGGCAAUGAUCCAUUGUUGCUUUCAACUUCUAACACGUCUAUUCUAAGAGAUGUGAAACGGACAUCAGUCGUUUGGGAUCAAGAAGCUGGCAGAUAUGUGUCAGUUCCAUUAUUGCCCUCAGAAGCUCGAAAUAGGCCAUCCAUGCGAAUAGAGUUGCCAAAUUUAAAUGCUGAAACAAGCGGUAUUGGUAGAAAACCAGCGAUUCCUCCUCAGGAGUUGCCAUCAUCUGCACCCAAGUCUCCUGGGCAGCAGCACAUACAAAAUCUGAUGUAUACAGGAGAUUCUAUCUUUUAUGGAGGUCCAUUUUUGAGUGUCCCUGUCAGAGAUGGUUUGAAAAAUGAAAGACAUUUGGCAUCAGGGGAUGCCCAAGAUAGUAGCAUAUCAGUGAACUUGCCCCAAGAGCCAAGAUAUAAAAGGGAUUCACUUUCAAAUCAGCUUCCCGUGUUUGUCCCUGGUGGUGGGUUUGAGAAUACCCUUCAACCUCGUUCUGGCCUAAAUUAGCUUAAGUUGGUUUGAGAUUCCAAUGUGUGGGACAUAGUUUUUGUUGGAAUCGAGAGGAUAGUGAAGAGCAAUUAAAAGGAUCUAUCUGGUAGACACCUUUCAGACCAUACAAAUGAAAAGUAUGUAUGGUGGACAACUUUUGAGUUCUGACUCCAACGGCAACAGGUGGUUGUUUGUUGGGCCUAAUCAUUUAGGAUUAACAUGUCUGUCCUGUUGCAGCCUGUACGUUUGAGAUACAUCAAAAAUGCCUCUGGGCGUUUAAGGGAACGAAAUGAACCUCAUUGUUCCUUUUGCUGAACAUGCCUUGAGAAAUGUGAAUCUUCCGCGACGCGGUAGAUGAAAUCUCAAAGCAGUUAUCACCAUGGCAUGAGCCUCCUUAAUGGGUUUUAAUUUAUUAUUGUAGCUUUUGUUCCUCUAGGUACUAAAAUUGUCACUACUUGCUCUUUGUCAAUAGAAUAUUGUUUGGCUUGUAGAUUGCUUUGUUCUCUCUUCUUUUGCUAUA